AUGAAAACAGAAGAGCAUUCUUACAAUUUCUUUAAUGUUUUUUUUCACACAUUUUUAGUCAUUGGUAGUGCUGGAACAGGAAAAUCCUGCAUACUUCAUCAGUUCAUUGAAAAUAAAUUUAAAAAGGAUUCAAACCAUACAAUUGGGGUAGAGUUUGGAAGCAAGGUUGUGAAUGUUGGAGGGAAAUCUGUAAAACUUCAAAUCUGGGACACAGCCGGACAGGAACGAUUCCGCUCUGUGACCAGAAGUUACUACAGAGGAGCUGCUGGUGCCCUGUUAGUGUAUGACAUCACAAGUCGAGAGACUUACAAUGCCCUGACAAACUGGCUGACCGAUGCUAGGACUCUGGCCAGUCCAAACAUUGUCAUCGUGUUAGUGGGAAACAAGAAGGACUUGGAACAGGAGAGGGAAGUCACCUUUCUUGAGGCCAGCAGAUUCGCACAGGAAAAUGAACUGAUGUUUUUGGAAACAAGUGCUUUGACUGGAGAAAAUGUAGAAGAAACCUUCCUCAAAUGUGCCAGAUCUAUUUUAACAAAAAUAGAAUCAGGAGAACUUGAUCCAGAGCGGAUGGGGUCUGGAAUUCAAUACGGAGACACCUCUCUGAGGAGAAUUCCAAAGGAGACAUUUGGACCUAGCGGGAAGCGACCAGACUGUGCGUGCUGAGAGUACACCUUCUUUAUCUAACGAGAUCUGACUUCAUAGCUGUGUAUCCAUCCAAGUGUCAUAUCAUUGCCUUUGUCGCAAUUCGCUGAUUAUAGUCUAUAUUUGUCUAAAUGUACAGGCUUGUACUGGUGUGGCAUGACAUUUUCAUGAGUUGUGUUAUUUAAAAGAUGUGAUUUAUAUGAGAAAAGAAAUAUUUAAAAGAUGUGAUCUGUGAAAAAAGAAGUUUAGGAGCUUUAGUUUUGAAAGAUAAUGUCUGAAAUUCAUGAACGCACAAUGUUUAUUAUGCAUAUUUUUUGUCAAUGAUUUGUUUAAGGUAUAAAUCAAGCUUCUAAAGAAACCAAACACCAAAACAAAAAGAUGCCAGGCAGUGUUGUAAAAUGUAACAAAUUUAAUUUCAAUCUGAAGUGAGUUACAUUUACUUUCAAUUACAAUACUAGUAUGUAGAAUUUUGUGUAGUGUAGCAUAAACUCUGCUUCAUUAUAAGCAAAACAGUGUAUUUAUUAUAAUGUGUGAUGUAAUGUCACUUUAAUCUUAAAUAGGAAUUAAUAUACAUGUAAUAUGUUUGAUCUUGAAUUCAUCUUUCUGCAUCAUGCUUAGAUGUAAGGAAUGCUAUUUUAUAUGCAACCAAGUCA